UCGGACAGACCAUACGUAAUUUCUCGGACAGCCCACGACUUUAUAAAAGAAGGGAAACACUAGGAGGGUACAAUCAUAUUCUCAAACGCUCUGAAUCUCCUGCAACAACGAGGCAACGACUUGAUCUCCUUCAUCUUUACUUUCAGAGAGCCAAACCCUGUACUGUACAAGGUUUCAUCACUGGAAAACAAGCGAAAAGAAGAUCACUUUCGUCGCCGGCGAAGAACAUGACGGAGCCCGCGGGUGGGUGUUGCCGGUGCUGUUGCAGCUUCAUAUUCACCCUGGGCCUCACAUCCCUCUUCGUGUGGCUAAGUGUACGAACCAGCGACCCCAAUUGCUCCGUCCAAAACUUUUAUCUCCCAGCCCUCGACAAAACCUUGAAUACUCCAAGAAACAACACUCUAAUCUUUAUGGUCCGGCUGGACAACACCAACAAGGACAAGGGGGUUUAUUACGACAACGUGAGCCUCACUUUUUACGACAGUCCCAACAAGUCGCAGUCGCACCUCAUUGGGAAUUAUACAAUUCCUGGGUUCUACCAGGGGCACCACAAGAAGGCCAAGAAGAGUGGGGAAACGGAGGUCAACAUGACACUUGUUUUCCUGGCAGUUGCCCCUAAUGGGACGGCUGAAUUCCGGGUGGAUUUGGCAACGGCGGUGAGGUUCAAGAUCCUGUGGUGGAAGACCAAGAAGCACAGACUAACAAGAGGGGGAAGUGUUUUAGUCGAUGACAAGGGCGCUAAAGUCAACAAGAAAGGUAUAAAGCUCAGGUCCGGCGCACCGGAGCGUGGAAGCUAUUGUGCGCAGGUGGGAGUUUUGGUUAGUUUGCUGGUCCUUCUGACCUGACUUUGCUCAAGUUUCUGAUAUUUCAGAUUAUUUCAAGGUAUUUGGUGGUUGAUUUUUGUUUAGUUUUUUGGGGGGGUGGGGGGUUGGUUAAUUUUAGGAAUGUCUCGAUGUUGAAUGGUCAAUUUGUAUACCGAUAUUGUUGAUUUCUCUGAAAUGAAUUUCUGCCAUUUUGGUAAAUUUUGUUUUGUUUGUGGCUGAUCUCGUUUGCAAUCUUUCCAAUGGCAGCGGAUAUUAUUGUAUUAA